CUUUUUGUGAAUCCCAUUUUUCCUCAAAUACCCAAAAAAAAAUUAGCCUCUUCUCUUUCCCUACUAGAAAGAGAGAGAGAGUGUGUGUGUGGGGAGUGAAGGCUAAAGGCUAAAGAGGUUCGGGAUUGAAGAGGUAAGGAAGCGAAAAUGGGAGCCGGCGGUAAUAUGUCUGUUGUAACCGGCAAGACCGGCGAAAAGAAGAAUCCUCUUGAAAAGGUACCAACCUCAAAGCCCCCUUUCACAGUUGGUGAUAUCAAGAAGGCCAUCCCACCUCACUGCUUUCAGCGUUCUCUCGUUCGUUCCUUCUCCUAUGUGGUGUAUGACCUUAUACUGGUGUCCAUCUUGUACUACAUUGCCACCACUUACUUUCACCUCCUCCCGUCCCCGUAUUGCUACAUUGCAUGGCCUAUUUAUUGGAUUUGUCAGGGUUGUGUUUGCACUGGUAUUUGGGUUAUUGCGCACGAAUGUGGCCACCAUGCCUUUAGUGAUUACCAGUGGGUCGAUGACACUGUUGGGCUUAUCCUCCACUCUGCUCUGAUGGUCCCGUACUUCUCUUGGAAAUAUAGUCAUCGUCGCCACCACUCCAACACUGGCUCUCUCGAGCGUGAUGAGGUCUUUGUGCCUAAGCCGAAAUCACAACUCGGAUGGUAUUCCAAGUACUUGAACAAUCCACCUGGCAGGGUUAUUUCACUUACAAUCACCCUUACUCUUGGCUGGCCAUUGUACUUGGCUUUCAAUGUUUCUGGCCGACAUUAUGAUCGCUUUGCAUGUCACUAUGACCCUUACGGCCCAAUCUACAAUGACCGCGAGAGGCUACAGAUCUUCCUUUCUGAUGCUGGAGUUCUUGGAGCUGGUUAUCUACUAUAUCGUAUUGCCUUGGUAAAAGGGCUAGCUUGGCUCGUGUGUAUGUAUGGCGUACCCCUCCUAAUCGUGAAUGGCUUCCUUGUCUUGAUCACUUAUUUGCAGCACACUCACCCGUCAUUGCCUCACUACGAUUCAUCCGAGUGGGAUUGGCUAAGGGGAGCUUUGGCAACCGUCGACAGAGACUAUGGCAUUCUAAACAAGGUCUUCCACAACAUCACCGACACUCACGUCGUACACCAUCUGUUCUCAACCAUGCCACACUACAACGCAAUGGAGGCAACAAAAGCAGUCAAGCCAUUACUCGGAGACUACUACCAAUUCGAUGGAACCCCGGUUUUCAAGGCGAUGUGGAGGGAAGCAAAAGAGUGUAUCUAUGUUGAGAAAGAUGAAGCUUCUCAAGGCAAAGGUGUUUUCUGGUACAAAAACAAACUCUGAACUUGGAAUUUGGAAUUGGUCUUUGGUUAUGUUUGGUCUGAGUCUAAGAGUCUAAGUAUGUACUAUGGAUUUGAAGUUAAUUUAGCUAGUGUUUUGUACUUGUAAGUAAAGGGAGGUUUAUGUUUGAUGAAACAGAGAGAAAACGAAGGGUAAAAAUUGAGGAACAAAAUGCAUCCUCCACCUCCCUUUAGUAUGUAAUCUUUAUGUAAUGAACUACCAGUUUUAAGUUAUAUGCCUUUGGGAAGACUAAAAUGAGCAAUCUAAAAGGUACUGAGUUUUUGUGUA